UCAAGCGUUUCAGUCCCGUGUUUAUUCCGUGCAUUAUUGAGCUUAUUUUUGUAUUUUAAAUUAACUAGAAUAAUCUAUUGCAAUGUCGGAUGAGGAAGUGAUUCGGCGUCGAUUGCAAAUCGAUGGCGAUGGCACAGGUGAUGACCGGCGAUUGAACGAUUUGUUGAAGACAUUCGUCAAAUGGUGUAAUUCUACUGAUAGUCCUGAAAACAGCCAGGCUAUUCACGAUCGCUUGUUGGCCCAGCUAGCACAAGGCGAAUUCGUGAUGAAAAAGUCGGAUUUCUCCGCUCGAGUGAUGGAACAGGAAUUGAAGAACUACGCAACCAUUUCGGACACUAUCGAAGCGGGAAUCGAAACAGCUAAAACCCAGAUUGUGCAAAGCAAAUACAACUUGAUCUUGGCCAAGAAGAUUCGGAAGAACAGAAUGGAGUACGAUGUGCUGGCCAAGAUUAUAAGUCAGCAACCGGACCGGAAGAACACGAUUAAGGAACUCGAGAUGCUGAAGCAGGAAAUGGAUCAGCUGCAGGAGAAGAAAGCUGUUCUCGAAAGAAAGCUGGAGACGAAAAAGAAAGAUUUCACCGUUCUGAUGAGGUCGAUCGUAGAGCUGCAGAAUAAGCUUGAAUCUGUAGGAGAUGACUCUCAGGACGGUGCCGAUGAUAAAAUGUCCUGCGAUGACGACCCUAUUAUAGUAAGUGACACGGUCAUGAUCGAAGAUGGUGGCAAAGUAUUGAUGGAGAAAAUGAGUUGAAUGUAGUUAUUUAAAUUAAUAAUAAUAACCUCAUACUGCCUCAUUUACUGGAACAUUCAACCCCUUCGGUUUGUACUAGUAUAAAAGGAAA